AAUGUUUUUUACUUUUGGGUCAAAAAUUGGAUCGCUAAGUAUUCGUCAAAAUCAGUUUUUACGCUACAACACUUGAUCAACGUUUAUUUUGGUUUUAUUAUUAGUAAGCGAUCAUCAUCUUCAUCGUCUGGCAUCAGGACCUCUUCCUUUCUUUCAAUUUCUCUGCUGUUCAAGGUUUUUUUUUCAGUUCAAAUGGAUACUCCAUUGCCUCAGGAUAAAUUAUCUUUAGGAUCAAUAACCAAUGGGGACAAGAUGUAUGUUGUGUUAGUAGCUACUGGGAGCUUCAAUCCUCCUACUUUUAUGCAUUUACGGAUGUUUGAGCUGGCGAGAGAUGCCUUGAAUGCAGAGGGGUAUUGUGUCAUUGGAGGAUAUAUGUCACCUGUCAAUGAUGCUUACAAGAAAAAGGUAUGAUGGGAUUUUGUUUUUGUUUAGUAAUUACCUUAGAUACAUAAGAUGAAGGAAAUGAGAAAUAAAGGUGGGGGUGGGGGCGUUUUCCACGAGGAGGACCGUCUCUUUGAUUGGGCAAAAGGAACUGGACUUUAUUUUGGGGGGGAGGAGUGGGGAUGGGACUAGCAGGUUGCCGGUCAACCUAUUCUUCUUCUUCUUCCUCUGCUCUGCUCUGUGUCUUUUGUGUUUUUGACAUGAGUCAAAACUUUAAUUCUUGUCUCCAUUUUUAUUGUGUAUUUAAUAUUAUGCACAGCUGCAUUGAAGUUGGAGAAGAAAUUUAGUAGUCGUAG